GAUCAGUUGUGAUUGUUUCCGGAGGAAAUCAAUCAGUUCCGAAUAAUAGUUUGCUAGUGGGUAUCCGAAAACACACUCACACACACACAAAUACGAAUACGGCAACCGAUUUGUGUGUCCAAUAUUUACAUUGGAUUGAAGAAUUGCACCGGUAAAAGAAUUCCAGGUGUCUAAUCGAUUGUGUUCGCCAAAGUACGGUUAUUACUGUGAACAAUCCAAGGAGGAAGGUGACAAUCGAAGUAACCAUGGCGGCUCAGGAGAUCGAAAGUGGCACGACAUGGGGCAAAGAAUUAUGGGAUCAAUUUGACAAUCUUGCUACACACACGCAGAAAGGAAUUGACUUCUUCGAACGAUUCGGAAACUUCAUUCGUGAUCGCAGUGCCAUCGAAGUUGAAUAUGCGCUUAAGCUGAGACGGCUCGUGAAGAACUAUCAACCCAAAAAGAACAAAGAGGACGAAGAAAAUGAAUUUUCCUCCCUGAUUGCAUUCAAAAAUGUCCUCAAAGAGGUGGCCGAUCUGGCCGGCCAGCGGGAAGUGGUCGCCGAAAACCUACAGAACCAGGUGCUGCAGGGUAUUAUGCUGCUGGCGAAAAAUCUGCGCGAUGAGCGCAAAAAGGCACUGAACCAGGGCGCGGGCCUGACCCAGUCGCUCCACACACAGAUUGGCACGCUGGAUCGGGCGAAACGCAGCUACGAGAAGGCGUUCCGUGAGGCGGAAAAGGCGAUCGAGGGCUACCACAAGGCGGACGCCGAUUUUCACCUCAGCCGUGCCGAUGUCGAGAAGCAGCGCGUGAACAUGAACAUACGCAACAGCCAGUCGGAGGACGCGAAGAGUGAAUACGCUAACCAGCUGCAGAUCACAAACAAGCAGCAGCAGCAGCACUAUCAAAUAGCACUUCCGGAGGUGUUCAAUAAGCUGCAGGAGCUGGACGAAAAGCGAACGCGCGGUAUGAAGGAAUUCAUCAAACGUGCGGCAGAUGUCGAGUACGAAGUUUCGCCCAUCAUUGCCCGCUGCCUGGAAGGCAUGGUAAAGGCAGCCGAUUCGAUCAAUGAGAAGGACGAUUCGAUGAUUGUUAUAGAAAAAUAUCAGUCCGGUUUUCAGCCCCCGGGAGAUAUACCGUUCGAGGAUCUAUCCAAGCCCGACCCGGACGCUUCGAACAACUCACAAACUCACAACUCCAGCACCGGACUUAACCAUAUGACGGGGAAGGGCACAACGAAGGAUAAGCUUAAGAAACGCGUUGGCAUUUUCGGCAUCUUCACCGGCAAUAAGAAACGCAAGAUUCUCGAAGCCUGCAUAAAUGUGAAGAACAACCUUACCACGGACGGCCUGAAGGAAGAUUUCAGCGACCUGCCACCGACGCAACGGCGGAAAAAGCUCACGGCAAAGGUGCAGGAACUGCAGCAGAAGGUAGCCCAGGAGCAAGCGGCCAGCGAUGGGUUGAUGAAGAUGAAGGGAGUGUACGAAGCGAACUCAAUGCUUGGCGACCCGCGUACGGUAGAGGAGCAGCUAAAUGAAUCGGUCAGCCGGUUGGACAGGCUACGGCAGGAGCUGUUGCGCUACCAAAAGCUGCUGGAGCAGGCUAACAACCAAACGUUCAUACAGCACAGUCCUCAAUCAAACCGUGUGACACAGAACGGACAACGGUCGUCCAGACAUUCCAACGGUAGCAGUAAUCAUGAGAACAGCCACGAAGAUAAUGGUGAAGACCAUCCAGACGAUGCCGGUAGCCUUAGCAGGUCAGCUUCCGAAAGUAGUGUACAGCAAGCGCAAAAUGGGCUUAACAUUAACAACAACGGCAGCUCAGCGAGUCCGGAAAGUGGGCUGGGUACAUCACACACCUCGCUACCUGGUUCCGGUCAAGGCAGCACGAACGAACAGCCAAUGAAUGAGGAAUACUACGAAGCAGAAACGCCGCUAGGAACGUGUCGAGCGCUCUAUCCAUUUGACGCAACGAGUGAGGGCAGCAUUCCAAUGUCGGAAGGGGAAGAAUUGCAAGUGAUAGAAGUAGACCAGGGAGACGGUUGGACCCGAGUGCGACGGUUUAGCUCGAAGGGUUGGGAAGAAGGCUUUGUACCGACCAGUUACAUUGAGUGUACGCUGUAUGCGUAGUGUUGAUCACCACAAUCAGCCGGGUGUGCGGAGCAGUAUCCAGCCCAUCCGAAAUGUAAAUAGUUAAUAUAAACAACGCUGCGUAAUGGGAAAGGUUCUCACAGCACAUGCAUAAAUGUAUGCUUUAGUCGACAAAUAGUAGUGGCAAUUUAAAAACAAAAAAAAACAAACAAAAUGCUUGCAAAGGGACAAUUGCAACCCCCGCGAGAAUAAUAGAGAAAAAGAGAGUGGAAGGCUCGUGGAUAGUAUUGUCAAAUUCUACUGACACUGCAUUAGAAGGAAUACAGGCAGAUUAGGUGUCGCCGCCUGCAUGCGUGAAAAGAUGAAUCAAAUGCGCAACGACACUGAAACCAUUUUUCUGUUUUGCUCUACUGCUACGCUAUAUAGUUCUUCAUUGCCAAAACUGCAAUGGCGAUAAUGAGCAGGACCUGCAGAUUCAAACCAUACCAGCAUUGCAAUCCGCACUGGUUUGCGGAAGAAGCGAAUAGAAACAUUCGUUCAUGUUUUGUUUUCCCUCUCUUCAUGAGCUAGUGUUUCGCUUUGACCUUUUAGGAAAUUUAUGCUACAUUUAGUAGCACCAUAUGGCGGUAUUCGAAAUGUAAAAUCGUGCUUUCAUUUUUUUUAAAGGUUUCUAUCGCUAUCCAAUACACUGUGUGUCGCAUUAAGUACGCUUCCCAAGGGCUUGUGCGCUUUUUCAAAAGUUAGUUAGUUUUCUUUUAAUGUGAAAUUGGCAAUUAUUGUUGCAUCGGUAGCGUUAAAGCAAAAGUGAGUUUUGCAAAAAUGUACGCAUAAAUAAAACGCUCGAAUCAAAAUCGCCGGACACUGCUGGGGACAAACAAGCAUGUAACAUAAGCUAGCAUAAUAGCAGUGACGAAAACAUACGCGCGUAAUCUAUUGCCAUGAACGCUGUUAAAUUCGAUAAAAUGAUAAACUACAACAGCACGUUUGGAUCAGUGUUCACUAUUCUAGGAACAAAAAAGAAAAUACAAAAACAAACCUUAAGAUAUCCGCACCG